AUGGCAGAUACUGAAAUCCAAACCGAUACGACGACAUCUGAGCGAACACCGCUCAUUGCGCCAACAACACCCAAACAUGACGCGAUUUCCAGCCUGAGUGGUCCAAGAAUUCUGGGAAUUGUCGUUUUAAUGGCCCUCCUCAUAUUCAUUCAAGCUACCAAUAUCUCUAUGAUGACAACCGCCCAAUCUGAAAUUGCCGCUGACUUAGAUGCCUAUGACCAGGCGACUUGGUUCACUGCAUCAUUCAUGAUUGCAAGCUCGAGCGUCACUCCCCUAGCCGGACGACUGUCGGCCAUUUUCACACCACGGAUCUGUCUCGUUUUCUCGAGCGUCAUUUUGGCAAUUGGUCUUUUCAUUACUGCCGCUGCGCCUUCACUAGGAUUCUUCCUAUUGGGACGUGCUGUUUCGGGCUGGGGAUGUGGUGGAUUAAUGAGUAUAACGAUCAUCUUAGCGCUGGACCUCGCUAGCGCUAAACGACGAGGACUCGUAAUUGGGCUUAUUAGCUCCGGUUAUACAACAGGAAUUUCGUCAGGCGCUGUUAUAGCUGGUCUUUUGACUCCGAUAAUGGGAUGGCGUAUCAUAUUUUGGAUCCAAGCGCCUAUUGCGUUAUCUCUUGGUCCCCUUCUCUUCUGGGCUAUUCCACCGCCAUCGAAUGAUAGUAAUUCAUUGACGUCGGGAAAUGUGCUUGCGAGUCUUGCUCGCAUAGACUAUGCCGGUGCCUUGACACUGACCAGUGGAUUUGUCUUAUUUCUAACCAGCUUAGCGUCACCUGAGAUUCUUCUCUGGCCUAUUCCAGUAUCAGUAGGGCUUCUUGUAAGCUUCUAUUUCAUUGAGUCUCGAUGGGCCCAAGAACCAAUUAUACCUGUUCGAAUUCUCUUGAAUCGCGGUGUAUUGCUAUCGUCCCUUGCCGGUGUCGGUAUGAUGAUGGCUAGAUGGGCCGUUGUUUUCUUCACUCCGUCCUAUGCAAUUGCAGUCCGUGGAUGGGCUCCAGCCUCGGCAGGUCUUAUCCUCAUUCCAACAAAUGCGGGAUUCGGCAGUGGCGGGUUGCUUGUAGGAUGGCUUCAUAUCCGUAAAGCGGGCAGUUACUACUUUUCAUCUCUGAUUAUUUUUGUCCUAUUCGCCGCCGUCACCGCUGCUCUCGCAGUUCUAUCAUCGGAGGACUCCCCAGCAUCUCUGUAUAUGGCGAUGACAUUCCUUAACGGAAUGUUCGCCGGAGCUUUGGUUAAUUAUACACUGUCUCACCUGCUAUAUCUUACCAAUCCCAAGCUCCACUAUAUCGUGAGUGCGCUUUUCACCACUUUCCGGGGAUUCGCAGGGAGCUUCGGAUCUGCCAUUGGCGGAGGCUUCUUUACCCGAAUCCUGAAAGGAGCAUUGGAGGAGGGAUUCGCUCAGCAUGGGCUUCCACCAAAGCCAGAUCUAGUUCGCACUCUCCUCGGUAGUCCUGCUACAGUUGGAAAAUUGACCGGAAUUGAGCACUUGAUCGCGAAGCAAAGUUUUGAGCAUGCAUUCCGCAUGUUGUUCAUGGCUGGUUGUGCUGUGGCAUUGGUAUCCGCAGUCAUUCAGGCGGGAACUGGGUGGACACAGGACCACAAAACAGAAGAGGAUUCUGAGGAUGAGACCCUUUAA